UUUAUGUCAAAUGCGUCAAACUUCUAUUCAUCAAUUUACAAGAAGUCCAAAAAGUGAAAAAAGAGACGUGAAUGUGCACGAAAUCUGUGUAAAAGUUUGCCAUUUUCAGCUUCUAGUUUAAUAAAAUUAAAGUAAUCUUUGAGUAAUUCUCCAAAAAGUUUCAAUUCGGUCAUCUCCAUCUCUCAUUGAUUUUGUUGGUUAUGUACACUUGUCAAACAUUCCGUUUUUAAACAAAUAAUUAUUGUUCGCUUUAAAGAUCUUAAAAAUGUUGCCUCGUUGUUAUUUAUUUGCUAAACAUAUGUGUCAAAGAGCCGCCGUUUCCAGCUGUGAGAAAAACUGUUCCAUUACACUUAAUGUAGCAGUCAGACAACUUUAUUUAUUACAUAGAAAUACUCAAAUAAUUUCUUUAAAUUCACACCACACUCGACAGUUUACAUGGACACAAAACUUGCUUAAAAAACGGGAUACAGGUAAACAAACAGCUGACCAAGGAGUAGACACUAACGAAGUAGUAAAUAGUAAAACGACAGAUAAAGAUAAGAAGGUUGAAUCGCCAACGCCUGUACUUAAAAUAAUAGCUCCAGAAAUUCAAUCUAACACUAACACUAAAUCAAAAGAUAAAGUCGUAUUAGACAAUGUCAUGGAACACAGCUUAGACAAAAAAGUAGCCAAGCCCGUAAUAUCAGAACCGAUAAAAAAGUUAAAAGAGAAAAUAAUUGGUAUUAGUGAAAAAUCCGAGGAAGGAAAAGCGCAAACUAAAAAGAGAAAGCGCGUUGAUCUAUCUGCACAAUCACUGGAACGAAAUUUCAUAACUCCUGUAAGAGCCAUGUCUGAUUUUUUGUUGAAACCAUCCGAUUUAGAGUCUUUACCUAAAACAAAACGGCGUUCACCUUAUGAAAAUGAGCCACCAAUCACAGUCUACUGGCGCAAGGAUGUGGAAGCUAAAGCUUUAAGUAUCUGGGGCUCCAGAGAAAAUCUCCAAAAGGAACUGAUUAAGAGAGAUAUCGAGAGAAAAAAAUACCAACAAAAUAUUUUUACAAUGAAGAGACGAUUGCGUGAUUAUAGACGCGAACUGGGUCGGUCGGCAAACGUGGAGACUGAUGGGGGCAUUAUGGGGCGAUCGGGGAAAGUAGUACUGACAGCAAUUGCCAUUAAUGGGACAAAUUGUCUUUUUAAAUUAUUUGCUUGGUUGUAUACAGGGUCACACAGUAUGUUUUCCGAAUGUAUACACUCUUUAGCCGAUACUAUAAAUCAACUAAUUUUGGCCUAUGGCAUUCAUAAAUCGGUCCAGGUAGCCGACUCUUAUCACCCAUAUGGGUACACAAACAUGAAAUACGUGGCCUCCCUAAUAUCAGGAGUUGGGAUUUUUUGUGUGGGAACCGGUCUGUCUUUAUACCAUGGUAUUUCAGGUCUAGUCAAUCCCCAACCCAUUGAUGACUUUUUUUGGGCUUAUUUUAUUUUGGGGGGUUCCGUCGUUUCCGAAGGUGCAACUUGGUUAGUUGCGUACAAUUCCAUCCGUCGAGGUGCCCGUAAUAUUAACAUGUCUGUUAAAGAUUACAUUUUACGCUCACAGGACCCAAGCGUAAAUGUUGUUCUUCUCGAAGAUUUCGCAGCUGUUGUUGGUGUUGUGGUUGCAGCUGGGUGCAUGGGUUUGUCCUCGUUGACCAAUAGUUCGAUUCCUGACGCUUUUGGGUCGCUGCUUGUCGGCUGUAUUUUAGGAUCAGUUGCUUCGUUUAUUAUUUAUACGAAUGUUGCUGCACUUGUUGGCCGUUCCAUACCCGAGGAAAGUUUGGAUAAAAUUAACACUGAGUUAGAGAGCGAUGUUAUGGUACGAGCGAUCCAUGACGUCAAAGGUAUUGAUAUGGGGAAUUAUUUGGUGAGGUAUAAGGCCGAGUUGGAUUUUGACGGACGGGAAUUAACGAGGUCUUAUUUGGAUAAGCAAGAUUUGAACGAAUUGCUUGAAGAGGCAAGACGUUUGGAAAAUAUUGAUCAGUUUGAAGAGUUUAUGUUGAAACAUGGUGAAAAUAUUGUUGAUAUGAUGGGAGGGGAAAUUGAUAGGAUUGAAAUGAAAUUAAGGAAAAAACAUCCCGAGAUUAGACAUUGUGAUCUAGAAAUUCUUUAAGUAUUGAAAUGAGUGUUAAAUAAAUAUUUCAAAGAAUUUGUCUUUUUUUGUCAGAAUAAAGCAUAAGCAGUAUUUACAUUUGUGACAAAUGCCAUAUUAUUUUUUAUAUUUUAUUUUUCUUCCAAAGCUUUGUCAGUCUGUCAGGCGGUGUUAAUAAAAACUUAAACAAG